AGUCAUUCUGGUUUGAGUGAGGAUGAGACCCAUUUCCUCCACUCUCUUGUGAGCUGUAACUGCCACUGUCGUGAGGAAGAGAAAAACAAUAAAGGAAAAGAAAGAAAAAGAAAAAGAGAAAGAAAAAAGAAAGAACGAAAGCCCAAAGCAGUUGAAGAAGAAGAAGAGGAGAGAGAGGGAGAAGAAAAUGUUCAGGGGCAUUGGUUUAGUUCGUUACUUUUCAAGGAAACGGCAGCCGGACCUGAAGAAGAUCAACCCAAAAGUGCCCUAUUCCGAGGCUGACGCCAUCGCAAAAGACCUGCUGCAAGUCUUUAAGGAACGCGGUCCUUUGACUGUAGGAAGCACUUGGGAUCAUGCAAAGGAGGUCGGUAUUAAUGGAUUGAACAGCAAGACCCACAUGAAGAUACUGCUAAAAUGGAUGAGAGGAAGGAAGAUGCUUAAACUUCUCUGCACACAUGUUGGUUCUAACAAGAAAUUUUUCCACACUCCAUGGCGUGAGAAGCCUCAAACUGAUGGUCCAGAGUCUCCUUCGGAACCAAUUCCUAAGACCUCCCAGCCUAACAGUCCAAGGAAAAGGCGGACUUGAUCUCCGAAGCCAUGGAUUUAAAAGAAACUUGUGAUGAUUACUGCCUCUUUCUGGACCAAACCUUUUGAUUAAACCAGGCGUUUCUCAUGUUUCUAUUUUCCAUGGUUGGAGUUGAUCUGAUUUUUGAGAUGAGUGUUUUUAUAGAACCUUGUGGUAUCAUUCUUAUC